GUGGCUAUGACGCUUGCUACCCUUCCCCCCUUCAACAUCGGUAAACAACCGUACUACUAGUACUUCUAGUAACUAUACUGAGCGAGCCCGGGGAUAUUCACAAGAACUAUGCCCAAUAACAAGUCCUUACUUACCAUAGUACCAGGAAUUCUCCCGACCUAUUCCCCCAGCAUCCGCCACCAUGACCCGCACCCUCUCCCUCCUCCAUUUUCAUCUUCUCCUCCUCCCUUUCCUUCAGCUCUUGCCCUCAGCAACAGCGGCAACAGACACCCCCUUCCUCGGCUUCCCCUCGCCUUGGGCACGGCCAGUGGCCAGCAACACGACCGAGGAUGACGAGAGUUCCUCCUGGGCAGCCGCCCACGCCAAGGCGGUGGCCUUUGUCGCGGGCCUGACACUCACCGAAAAGGUCAACUUGACGACGGGCACGGGUUGGGAAGCGGACCGGUGCAUCGGCAUGACGGGCGGCGUGCCGCGUGUUGGUUUCCGUGGGCUGUGUCUUAUGGACGGGCCGGUUGGGGUUCGAUACACCGACAAGAACUCGGUCUUCCCUGCCGGCGUCAACGUCGCCGCCACCUUCAGCCGACGACUGAUGCGGCUUCGCGGGGAGGCAUUGGGUGCCGAGUUCCGCGGCAAAGGGGUCGACGUGAUGUUGGGCCCUGUGGCGGGUGCGCUGGGCAGGGUGCCGCAGGGCGGACGGAACUGGGAGGGGUUUAGCCCGGACCCAUACCUGACAGGCGUGGCUAUCGCCGAGACGGUCGGGGGCAUCCAGAGCCGCGGCGUGGUGGCCUGCGCCAAGCACUACAUCCUCAACGAGCAGGAGCAUUACCGCGGCAGCAUCGAUGUGCGCAUCGACGACCGCACCAUGCACGAGCUUUAUCUCUGGCCGUUUGCUGACGCGGUCCGUGCCGGUGUUGGGUCCGUCAUGUGCUCGUACAACAAGAUCAACGGCACGUACGCGUGCGAGAACGAGUGGACUACCAACUACCUGCUCAAAAACGAGCUUGGCUUUCAGGGGUUUGUCAUGUCCGAUUGGGGCGCGCAACAUACGACCCUUGGCUCGGCGCUCGGCGGGCUGGACAUGGCCAUGCCUGGCGACGGUGGGCCGGCUCCGUACCGGGCGUGGUGGGGCGGCGCGCUGACGGAAGCCGUCCUCAGGGGCGACGUGCCGCAGUGGCGGCUUGACGACAUGGCGGUGCGCAUCAUGACGGCCUAUUUCAGAGUGCACACGGGCAACUACACGUCGCGGCCGGACAUCAACUUUUCAGCGUGGACGAACCAGACCGUGGGGCCCUUGUACCCAGCCGCCAACCAGUCCUUCACCGUAGUCAACGAGCACGUCGACGUGCAAUCCGACCACGCCUCCCUGAUCCGCGAGAUUGGCGCCAAAUCCAUCGUCCUCCUCAAAAACCAGGAAGGCCUCCUCCCGCUGAACAAGCCCGCCACCCUGGCCAUCGUAGGCGACGACGCGCGGGACCACCCGCUCGGGCCCAAUGCCUGCCCGGAACGGGGCUGCCUCAACGGCACGCUGGCCAUGGGCUACGGCUCGGGCACGGCCGAGUUCCCCUACCUCGUCUCCCCCCUUACCGCUCUCCAGCUGCAGGUCCAAGCCGACAACACUACCCUAAUCAAAGCAGUAACCUCCAACUGGGACCUAGACGCAGCCCGCGCCGCCGCGGCCGCGGCCGACGUAGCAAUCGUCUUCGCCGCAGCAACAGCGGGCGAGAACUUCAUCACCAUUGACGGCAACGCGGGCGACCGCAACAACUUGACGCUCUGGGCCAACGGGGACGCGCUGAUCCGGGCCGUGGCGGGCGUCAACCCCAACACUGUCGUGGUUUUGCAUACCCCCGGGCCUGUCAUCAUCGACUACGCCGAACAACACCCCAAUGUCUCCGCCAUCCUGUGGGCCGGUUUGCCGGGGCAAGAAUCGGGCAACGCCCUCGUCGACGUGCUCUACGGCCGCGUCAACCCCCAGGGCAGGACCCCGUUUUCGUGGGGCAAGUCGGUCGAGGACUACGGUGCGCAGCUGCUGUUCCGCGCCGAGAACCCGCGGGCGCCGACUCAGACUUUUGAUGAGGGCGUGUUUAUUGAUUAUAGGUGGUUCGUGAAGCAGGGCAUGCGGCCGACGUACCCGUUCGGGUUCGGUCUGAGUUACACCCGGUUUCAGUACAGCGGCUUGAGCGUGCAGCUGCGAGAGGGCGCUAGGGCGCGGUAUGAAGCUGCAACGGGAGAGACGGGGCCGGCGCCGACGCUUGGGGUUGUUGAGCCUGAGUUGGAACGGCAUACGGCGCCCGAGGGGUUCAGCAGGAUCUCGCCGUAUGUGUAUCCUUGGCUGAACAAUAGUGUGAGUUUGGUCAGCAACAGUACUGCUGCGGGACAAUUCCCACCAGCGGCGAAGAACGGGUCGUCACAGCCCGUAUUGCCUGCUUCGGGGGCGCCCGGUGGUAAUCCAGGGCUGUUUGAGGUCAUGUACACGGCCACUGUGACGAUCAACAACGUGGGCAAGGUUGCUGGGACUGAGAUCCCGCAGUUGUACAUCCAACUGGGCGGUUCCGAUAACCCAUUUAGCGUCCUCCGUGGCUUUGACGAGGUCGAGCUCGCACCGGGCGAGAGCAAGAAUGUGACAUUUGAACUCACUAGGAGGGACGUCAGCAACUGGAACACGGCGACGCAAAACUGGGAAAUCACUGACCUCGAGAAACUCGUUUUGGUUGGCGGCUGGUCUACAAACACGCCGCUGAGCGCGAGGCUGCCUGCUCCGGCCGGGAUGACAUGGAGGCAGAGCUGGGAAUAGUGGCUUUCUGGCUUGGAACCAUCCACUAAUGGGUAUCAAGCAUAUUGAAGACUGAUUGGAGCCCCUUUACAGGUUAAGC